GCUGGAAACUGGAGAUGCUCUGAGAUCGCCGCCGCCUCCUCUCCGAGUGUGGGCCACCUAUGCUGCGCGCCGCCGCGAACCCUCCCCUGGGGUGAGGCCGGAGCGCCCCCCCCCCCCGCGUCGCUCGUCUCGUCCGCGCAAGACUUUGGUGGGUCUCCGUUCUCAAACCCUAGCUGCUGGUAGUACGAAGGCCGCGGCUUCAUACCCUCGUCUUGGAGUUUCUGGUCGCCACCCCAAGGUCGAGCCGUCGCCAACGUUCUUUCUGAUUGGCAUAAAGCCAUGGAUAGGGAAAGGAAGGAGCUGAGGAAGAGGAGGACAUCGGGCCAUUUGAGGUAUCCUGAACUUAAGAGGCAGAAGCAACGUAAUCCUUAUGUUGCUGCUAGAUCUACCUCUCCUGACUGCAAUUUCUGGGACAACAGACAAAAAGAGCUAUAUGAUCAGUUCUGUCAUGAGAAGAAAGUGUUUAAGCAUAGAUUUGUGGAGUGGUCGGAUAUAGCUGAUGCUGAAACUUGCCCUUUUGAUUUGUCCACUAAGUAUGAGGAUCUUGGUCUCAAAGGUCUAACCAGCAACAAUCCAUCUUGGGUUUGGAAUGAAGACGUCGUGAGACAAUUUUAUGGCACCCUUUACGUGGAUCCUGAUCGCAGGGAAAUGCAUUUCAUGAUAGGCUCACAGCAUUGUUUUGCUACCAAGGAAGAUCUUGAAAAGGCCUUGCUGAUUGAGCCUAGAGCUGGCAGCCUUGUUUUGCACACAUGGGAUGAUUUUGAUGUUUAUUCUCUCUUUCGAGUACCUAAUCCCGACAUUGGUCUAGUUAGAGAUCUUAAAACUGAAGUUGAUCUCAUCCAAAGGAUAAAUCGACAUACAAUUUUUCCUAAAUCAGGAAAUCGAGGUGGAUGCACCACCAUGCUUCUCAAGCUUGCCUAUGCCAUUUACCACGGAAAGCAGUUUGACAUUGCUCAUUUCCUCCUCAGUGAGAUGUGUGAGGCCAUUGAUACUGUAAAUCAUGCACUGCCAUAUGCACCUCUUAUAUUUUGUCUUCUUCGCCAUCUGAAGUGUGACCUUACAAACAUUGAUACCAAAUGCUGCCUCAAGAAGUACUCCCUGCACCUUGCAAGCUUGAAUCGUGAACAACGUGCUGCCUCAGCUGAGCAUGAAGUUAUAGAGGUGCAGCACCAGCAGCCCAUGUCCUAUUCUCAUCAGCCACCGCAACCAGUUAAUCCUGAACCAGUUAAUCCUGAUUCAACGGUUGCCAGCAAUGCUCAACUUUCAAAACUGAUAGAGGGGUUGCACGAGAAAGUUGUGAAAGGAUUCGAGGCAAUUGAGAAGCGACUUUACACAAUGGAGGUUCUCUUCUCAGUCUUAUCUUCAGAAGUUAGUGAGAUGAAAGCUUGUAUGCUUGAUCCUUGUCAUGCGCUGAACGGCGACAAACAAAAAAGGGCACAAACUGAAGCUCAUCAAGGUGGCGAUGGUCCUUCUGCAGCAGCUGAUCCAUAGCUUCCCUACCUGUCUUGCUGGACUUGGCUAACUUUCUUAUGUCAGCAGAAGAGUUUAUGUUGUACCCUGUUUUCGGUAGUAAAAUCUAUGCUAUAUUUUAUUGUAGUGACAGGAAACUAGUACUUCUGGUGAUAUAUCUUGAGCUACCCUGUUUUUGGUUUGUUUUUGUGGUUAUAAUUUUUUUGUUGUAGUGACAGGGGCGCUACUUCUGCUGGUAAAUUUAAUAAACUAGAUGAUACCCCGCGCGUUGCUGCGGGAGUCGGUUGCAAUAUAUUUCAAUGAGAUUUAACUGUGUGGAAUAUAAAUGUUUAUAGAUUAAUAACAUGUGAACCAAAAUUAAAAAUACAUACGACUUGCUAUAUUUGAUUAUGUAUAGUUGUAAAAUAUUUAUUGAAUAUAAAUAGAAUAAUAGAAUGGAAAAAAAUUCCCCAUGCAUUGUAGAAUGUGGUGGUUUUUUUUUUUCUCAUGCAUGGUGGCAUGUUGAGGUGGGCAUUAUCCCAUUCAUAAUUGUAUGGUGAUGUGGCAUGCUUGCAUGUUGAGAUAAAUAAGUUAGUGGGGAUAACUCUCUUAGGUAUAUAAGAUAAAAUGAGGAGAGUUUGAUUGAUAAGAGAACUGGAGAAAGCACAGCGAGUACAAGGGAACUUCCGAAUACAAGUAGCACUUCCACAACCUAGUAGGGUUAAUCUUAUCAAUGCUGAGCUUAAUCCAGAUGAAGUCACUUACAUUUUAAGACUAAGCUAGGUCAAACUAGCCCUUAGGAGUGCUCACGGAUGCCCUUUAUUUAUUUAUUUGUGGGCAAUUAUUUUUGUUUCUGAACUUUGCUUGCUAACUCAUAUUCUGCUCAGUUAAUGGAUGCCCUUAGGAAUGUUGCUUGAUGUUUGUUUGCACAGUUACUACAACUACUGAUAGAGCUCAGAUUCUGCUAGCUGCCCAAUCUAUGGACGGCAAUCUUAGGUGGUAGCGGAAGGCGAUCUGAAGCUGUUCCAGGAGCAGAAUCUUCCCAGCUUUCUCCUCUCCCUAUCAGUAGAGAUGUCAAGUGAUGAAAGGCCACCAGAGUCUAGAAUGGUUGCUGGUAUUAUCCUUAAGAAUUCGUUGGACACAACGGAUUCUGCAAAGAAAGAGCUGCUGAUUCAACAGAGGGUCACCCUGGAUCCAUCUGUCAAAGUCAAAGAUUAAGGAGUCAUUGUUGAGAACACUAGAAUUUUUAAUGCCUCAUGCGAGGCAGGCCUCAUCACAAGUCAUUUCAAAGGUUGCAUCCAUUGAGACCUCAUUGCCAAAUUACUGGGCAACAUGGCACAGCACGGCGCAUCUACUGCAGUGCAGCAAGGAACACUAGAGGUGCUGGGGUAUGUCUGUGAGGAGUUUCCUCCUGAGCACUUGGAGCAGGAUCAGUGCCUGCUGUUGUUCAGUGAAGUGAAUCAGGCAGAGCUAAGUGUUGAAGUCUGUCUUUGCAGCAGUUAAAGUUCUACUCCCUCCGUUCCUAAAUACUUGUCUUUCUAGAGAUUUCAACAAGUGACUACAUACGGCGCAAAAUGAGUGAAUCUACACUUUAAAAUAUGUCUACAUACAUCCGUAUGUUGAGUCCAUUUGAAAUGCCUAGAAAGACAAGUAUUUGGGAACGGAGGGAGUAUAUAACACUCUUGAUUUUGCUGAAAGCAACUUUGCAAACGUUAUGGGGAGGAGCUAUAUAGUGAAAGUAAUUUGUGAUACUGUUGUAUCUUAAGAUGUGGAGAUCAGGCAUACAGCUUUUGAACUGCGAGCACUGUCAAAGGAGAUGAGGAACCAGUUGCAGUUCAAGCUAUCAAGUUAUGGAGAACUGUUUGUGAUUAAGAGUUUAAACUCCAAGAAGAUGAUGCGAACUCUAGUGUAAUUUAAUGCUUCAUUGAAAAGGCCGUCCCUUUACUUGUUCCAAUGCUGCUCGAAACUCUGUUGAAUCAAGAGGGUUAUCAUGAGCACGCUGACAAUGUGCGGAACAUUUCCAUGAGUGGUGCAAAGUGCCUUGGCGUCAUCGCUAGAACUGUUGGUGAUGCAAUUGUCCCUCUUGUGAUGCCAUUUAUUAAGGUUAACAUCACAAACCUGGAUUGGCAUUGUCGCGAGGCAGCUACUUUUGCAUUUAGCUCUAUCCUUGAAGGUCCCUCUGUUGAGAAGCUUACCCCCCUGAUGCAGGCUAGACUUGAUUUCUUGUUCAACUCAAUGAAAGAUCCAAACAACCAGGUAAAAGUCUCCACCGCGUGGACCCUUCAAUGGAUGUUUGAGCUUUUGCAUUCUCCAGCCAGUGGAAUUCCAGUUAUAACAAAUGCAAACCAAUCAUGACUGUUGCUGGAGAGUAGCAAGAUGUUUCAAAUGUGGCCAAGAAUGUCUGUGGAUCCAUAUGUUGUUUUGUCCAAGGUUAUGAAGAUGCUGAGUCAAGCUCAUCUCUGCUUACACCCUAUCUCCCUAAUGUCAUCGCUGUGCUCCUUUGUGCUUCAGAUCGUGCUGGUACUACCCAUUUGAGGCUUUGCACGUUUGCUUUUGAAGUGUCGAAUGAGGUUAUGAGAGUUAGCAAUAUAGCUGAAACUUCGAGCAUUAUAGGCCAGCUAUGUCAGGGGAUCAUGAAAAGACUGAACCUGACAUUUUAACUCCAAAUACUCUUGCCUGGUGACAGGGAGAAGCAGAGUGAUCUACAGGCUUUGUUGUGUGGUGUACUGCAGGUCAUCAUCCAGAAACAGAGCAACUCUGAUGUGAUGUCCGUAAUUUCCCAGAGAUCAGUUGAUGUUUCUGUUUCCCUGUGUCUUUGCUUGCCCCAGUUCUGCUGUACAUGAAAAACCAAUGCUUGCCAUUCGUGAAGUUGCUUAUGGCAUUCGUGAAGCAGGCUUGCAGAACUAUACUAAAUAUGCUCCAUUUCUGUAUGGGUGAUGGGUGAUAUUUGCCGUGCCGUUGAAGAUAAAAUUCAGCCUUUCUGUGAUGUGAUUGCAUUAUGCUUGUUCUUUUCAAGGAUCUUGCAAGUUCAAUGCUUCACCGGCCUGUCAGACCUCCAACUUUCUCAUGCUUUGGAGACAUAGCUCUUGCUAUUGGCGAGAAUGUCGAGAAAUACCUGCAAUAUGCCAUGCCAGUGCUUCAAGUAGCUGCCGAGCUCGUUGUUUUGGAUUAGAGCAACGAAGAUACGAUUGUUCACCAUAACCAGCUGAGACAUGGAAUAUUUGAGGCUUACUCCGGCACUGCAGGGUAUGAAGGGCCCAAAAGCUCAGCCAUCUAUUUCAGUUCACUGAAGCUGUCUACAAAGACCCAAGCAGGGAUGAGAGUUUGACAAAGGCUGCGGUUGCGGCCCUGGGUGAUCUCGCAGACAUACUUGGUCUGAUCUCGAAAGAUCUGUUCAAGAUCCACCCCUUCCAUGUUGAGCUCUUGAGCGAGUGCCUUAAUUCUGACAGCGAAGUCAGGGAAAUCACGUUAUCGUCCCAGGGGGUGAUAACUGGUGCCUGAAGCAGAGCUUUCUUAAUACCAGAGAUAUUUUCCUUUCUCAGUUGUGACGAAGGUUUCUUUUGUGGAUAUGCCACUGAUGAAUGAAAGGCUGACACAUAUCGUCUUUACUAGUAUCAGUGGUAGGAUUCUUGUCCUAGGCUUCUUUUUGCGGUUUGUGUCUGACUGUCGAGUCGUUAUGCAUCACACUUGACAGGGGCCGAUGGUGGCAUGACCUAAUGAGCGUGUUUGACUCGUCGGAUCACCCUGUGCUGCUGAUGUUACUGCUCGUCUUGUUGCUUUGCAUAUGUCAGGAGUAAGUAUAAAGUGCUUGUACUGCUGGAGUUUUUGUUUGAGUUGAUUCUCCAAUUUUGGAGCUUGCCACCACGUACUGUAUCAAGAGAUUUCCAUCUCUCGUUGUGGUGCUUACAAUUCUUAAUGCAAUCAAUUCAUGCAUGUUAAUAUUCAGCCAUGCUUCAAUC